AUGGACUCUUUUUUUGUAACUAAUUUCAAUAUCAUUUUGUUUAAAGAACCACCAUUUGUGCAAUAUGUAUUUGUACUGAUAAUUUCGCUGAUUCCAAUCAAUCACUGCUGUCUUUUAUGCUAUAUACGCUUGCCACCAAGACCUAAAUCUAUUGAUCAUUUAUGGUUUUCUGCUCUCGAUAAUGUAAAUUUGCCUGAAACCGCAGAAGAAAUGUGCAGUAUAUCCAAGAAUCGUUUACCUUUUACCACUCCUUGCUGUGAAGGUUUAGCGAAAAUUUUUUGUAAUCUCUCUGACUAUUUACAUCAUAGCUGGCAAGAAUGCAGUAUGGAAAAUAAUGAUUUUGAUCAGUGUGCUAAUUGUUCGUUAAGGAAAAUGGAAAUGCUUCAAGCAAGUUCUUGGGUUGUUUAUUGGUUAGAUUCAUUGGGCAAAAUGCCGUCAGCUGUGAGCGAAGGGAAUUAUUACUGGUUGGGCGACUAUGAGCAAUGUUCAGUCCUACGAGAAAGCGGUUCAUUUGAUGGUCGUUAUUGUCGAAUUCUCCUGCAAAUUCCUGACUUCAAAGUGUAUAAACAUUGUACAGAAACUAACACUCUUAAUAUUCAUUUCGGCUUGUGUGCGCCAGCAGCGUGUACACCUGAAGAAAUUGGCCAGUUCACUCGAAUGAUAACACCUUACGCUGUAAAUGCAAAGUGUGAAACACUUCUUGACUGGUCACUUUCAUCACAAAUUUUCUUGAUUUCACUUAUUACGUGGUUAUGUUUCCUUAUUAUUGGAACUCUUAUUGAUGUUUACUGUGCAACGAUAUCAUCUUGCAAGCUGCAACGUAAUAAAUUGUACGUGUUAGCUCGAUGCAUCUCGAUUCUUCGAAAUGCAAAAAUUGCUCUGAGUACGAAAAGAUCACAUGAAUAUCACAGUGUACAAGGAUUGCAAGUUUUGACUGUCUCCAUAAUUGUCACGGCUAACUGUUUCAUUUACAUAUUACCUUAUAUAGAAAAUGUAUUAUUCUCAUAUGAUAGUUUAUACCAUUGGCAACUUCACCCGUUGAACAAUUUUAGCUAUCAUAUUGAUGCUCUUAUUGCUAUCAAUACUUUAUUCACAUCAUUACUUCUUCAGCGAAAACUUGAAAAUACUGAUGCAGUCAAAAAACUGUACUUCAAACGACUGUUACAAGUUCUACCUGCAUAUGCAUUCAUCAUCUUAUUUAUGACAUUUUUAUAUGAUCGUUUAUCAUCUGGACCAAUUUGGAUGCAUGGUGAUCUAAUUAUGCAUUGUAAGGUUUCAUGGUGGAAAAACUUACUAUUCAUCAAUAAUUUUUUUUCCGCCAAUCAUACGUGUCUUGAUGGAGGUUAUUUAUUCUCACUGCAAGCUCAAUUCUUUCUUUUACUUCUGCCGAUGCUUUACUUAUCGAAACGUUUCUAUACAACUGUGUUAGCAGUUGCUGUAUCCACUUUUCUUGCUUCCAUAAUUUACAUAUUUUAUCAAGUCUUAACUACAAAUUUACCACCAACAGUAUUACUUACUUCUAAUGUGAUAUCCUCGGAAACUUUUCAAACUUAUAUUGAUUUGUUAAUGACAAAACCAUGGGCUCGUGCUCCGGCAUUUUUGAUUGGUUUUCUAUUUUCGUUUCUUUUUACUCGUCAAAAGUCGAUUAACAAAGCUUCAAUAUGGCUUAUACAGUUAGUACUAAUACUGUUAGGAUUUUUGGUAGUAUUUGGCUUAUAUCCGUAUGCUAUUGGAAAUAGUCCUGCACAGGUGUUGCUAGCCGCUUAUUCUUCACUUCAUCGGCCUAUUUGGGCAUUUAUUUUGUGUUCAUUGGUUUUUUUUGGAUACUUAAAUAAAAAUAACGGCAGCAUCUCGAAGUUUUUUGAGUGGAGAGUAUUUUCACCAUUAGCAAAAAAUACUUUCAUAGUUUUUAUAGUAUCUGAACCCGUUUCACUAUAUUUAUUUUCAUCAGUGCAUCGGCCAUUACAUGCAACUCUUUGGACAUUACUUAAUAUUGCAAUUGGGACAAUUAUUUUAUCGCAUGUGGUAGCAUUUUUGCUGAUUGUACUUACUUCCAUGCCUAUAAAGAAUAUUGUGCUGCUCAAAAUGAGUGAAACCGAAAUAUUUGACGUUGUUUCUUCAGAUGAUGCUAAUAAUGAUAAUUUUGAUAAGAGUGAAAGAGAUUGCCAGUGUAGUUCGACAAGUGAUUGA